AUGUCGGACGAUACGGGACCAUCGCAAACUGAUUUGCAAAAUGCGAUGCGCAAAUUGAGAGCUCUACCCGCCAAUAAGAUUUGUUUUGAUUGCGGAGCUAGAAAUCCAACUUGGUGCACCGUCACGUAUGGCGUCUUCCUGUGCAUCGACUGCUCAGCGGUUCAUCGAAAUCUGGGUGUUCAUUUGACAUUCGUUCGCUCGACGAAUUUAGAUACUAACUGGACAUGGCUUCAAUUGCGCGCCAUGCAAGUCGGAGGCAACGCGAAUGCGACGCAAUUUUUCAAGCAGCACGGCUGCAAUACCACCGAUGCUCAGCAAAAGUACAAAUGUCGCGCGGCGCAGUUGUACAGAGACAAAAUUGCGCAAUUGUCGAAAGAGGCUCAGAAAAAGUUUGGAACUCAAUUGCUCAUUGACACCGUUGCUCAUCAUGAGGAAAAAGCUACGGAAGAGGAGGACUUUUUCGGCCAAGAUUUUGGCCAUUCUUCCCAAUCGACAACUUCACUUAGCUCCGAUGCCUACAUCGUUGAUCAUCAUCAUCAGAAGAAGGUUGAAGAGCCGACUCAUGGGCCAAGCGUUGAUCAUAUUGACUCGGUGCCGGUUGGCACAACGCCUCCGGUGUCGGUGAUUUUGAAGAAGCCGAUUAAAAAGGCAACGCUCGGAGCCAAAAAGAAUGCCCUUGGCGCACAGAAGGUGCGAAUCAAUUUCGACGAGAUCGAGCAACGUGCCGCCGAGAAGGAGAAGCAGCGCGAGGCCGAGAUUGCUGCCAGCAAAUUGGCAUACAAGGAGGAGCAGAAUGCGGCGAAGAAUGACGAUGCGGUGGCGAUGGAGAAGCUCAGCGCGAGAUUCGCCAUGCAGGAUAUUGAUGCGCAACGCAAGAAUAUUGAAGCAAAAGUGGCAAAGGAUCCGAAGAAGGCGGCGACGGUGGAUCGCCUCGGAAUCGGCGGUGUCGGACGCGCACGAGCCGUCCAUUCGAUUGCCGGCGGUGUUCGAACCAUUCAGCAAGCCGACUCGGGAUUUCCGACGAAGAAAGUGGUGAAGGAUGAUGAUGAUUGGGAAGUGGUUGACGACGGCAAAUUCUCGUCGUCUGGAAACGAUGACGAUCUGUUUAGCAAGGAUUAUUCGAGCAAACCCAACGAGGAUGAGUUCUUCGACACUUUUGAGAAUCCCCAACCACAAAAGUCGCGAUAUACUGCAUCGUCAUCUUCGUCGUCAUCUUCGAAACCAACCGUGACGCGUCUCACCGCUGGUUCCUCGUCGAUAUCAAGCGACGUCGACGUGCAGAAAAAGUUUGGCAACGCGAAGGCGAUUUCGAGUGAUAUGUACUUUGGGAAUAAUGAGAUGGACUAUGAGACGAAAAGCGCGCUGUCGAAAUUUGAAGGUGUCAAAUCGUUGGGCUCUGAAGACUUGUGGGGAAACGGUAGUCAGCAGAGGCAGACGAGUCAGGUGCCUGACAUGUCGGAAUUGAAGGAUUCGUUCCGCGCUGGAGCGUCGAAAGUCGCCGAGAAAUGGUCGAGUUUGUCGUCGUCAUUUUCGACUUAUAUGCAGCGUGCUCCGGCUCCAAAUAAGACCUAG